AUGGCGGAUGACAAAGAAGCCAACAGACCCAUGCCAAACAAAGGAGACCAUGGACUGGGAAAUGAGAAGUUCAAACCUGUGGUACCUUGGCCUCAUGUGGAAGGUGUGGAAGUGGACUUGGAAUCCAUUCGAAGGAAAAAUAAGGCCAAAAAUGAACUAAACCAUCAUGGUGAUGGUGAAAACAAACAACAAAACAUAAUCCAGAGGCAGUAUCUCACUUUUAAGCCUCAGACAUUUGUAUACAGAGAUCCUGUUUUACGACCUGGAGUCCUUGGUAAUUUUGAACCCAAAGAGCCUGAGCCUCCUGGCGUUGUUGGUGGCCCUGGAGAGGAAGCGAAGCCAUAUGUUUUAGGACCAGAUUACAAAGAAUCCAUUCAAGCCAGCAUUAAAGAGUUUGGGUUUAAUAUGGUGGCCAGUGAUAUGAUCUCACUAGAUCGGAGUGUUAAUGACUUGCGUCAAGAAGAAUGCAAAUACUGGCAUUAUGAUGAAAACCUGCUCACCUCCAGCGUUGUCAUUGUCUUCCAUAAUGAAGGAUGGUCCACACUCAUGAGGACAGUCCACAGUGUCAUUAAGAGAACACCGAGGAAAUACUUGGCAGAAAUUGUGCUGAUUGAUGAUUUUAGCAACAAAGUACACUUAAAAGAGAGGCUGGAUGACUAUAUUAAGCAGUGGAAUGGCCUUGUAAAGAUAUUUCGAAAUGAGAGGAGAGAAGGUUUAAUCCAAGCUAGAAGCAUUGGAGCCCAGAAGGCUAAACUUGGACAGGUUUUGGUUUACCUGGAUGCCCAUUGUGAGGUGGGAAUUAAUUGGUAUGCGCCACUUAUAGCUCCUAUAUCUAAGGACAGAACUACAUGUACUGUACCUCUAAUAGAUUACAUAGAUGGGAAUGAUUAUUCCAUUGAGCCACAACAAGGUGGGGAUGAAGAUGGUUUUGCCAGAGGGGCCUGGGACUGGAGUUUGCUAUGGAAAAGAAUUCCGUUAAACCACAAGGAAAAGUCCAAACGAAAACAUAAAACUGAGCCUUAUCGGUCCCCCGCAAUGGCUGGUGGAUUGUUUGCCAUUGAACGUGAUUUCUUCUUUGAACUGGGUCUCUAUGAUCCAGGUCUUCAAAUUUGGGGUGGUGAAAAUUUUGAAAUUUCUUACAAGAUCUGGCAGUGUGGGGGAAAACUGUUGUUUGUUCCCUGUUCUCGUAUUGGACACAUCUAUCGUCUCCAGGGUUGGCAAGGAAAUCCACCCCCUGUCUACGUUGGGUCUUCUCCUACAUUAAAGAACUAUGUCAGAGUUGUAGAAGUGUGGUGGGACGAAUAUAAAGAUUACUUCUAUGCCAGUCGGCCAGAGACAAGAGCGUUACCCUAUGGAGAUAUAUCUGAGCUGAAAAAAUUCCGUGAAGAACACAACUGCAAGAGUUUUAAGUGGUUUAUGGAAGAAAUAGCAUAUGAUAUACCUUCCCAUUAUCCCUUACCACCUAAAAACGUGGACUGGGGAGAAAUUAGAGGCUUUGAAACUUCUUAUUGCAUUGAUAGCAUGGGACACACCAAUGGUGGCUUUGUUGAGCUUGGGCCAUGCCACAGAAUGGGAGGAAACCAGCUUUUCCGUAUCAAUGAAGCUAAUCAACUCAUGCAGUAUGAUCAGUGCUUAACUAAAGGACCAGAUGGAUCCAAAGUUAUGAUUCUACACUGUAAACAGAAUGAAUACAAGGAUUGGCAAUACUUCAAGAAUCUGCAUAGAUUUACUCACAUUCCAUCAGGGAAGUGCUUGGAUCGCUCCGAAGUCCUCCACCAAGUUUUCAUUUCAGAGUGUGACUCCAGUAAAGCAACACAAAAAUGGGAAAUGAACAACAUCCUUAGUGUGUAGACAGACAAAACCUACCUACUGACACAUUAAUUUGUACAGGACUAAAAAUAGCCUGAAAACUGCUGCAAUUAUUAACUUUGUACAGCUGCGAGCCUCCUGGCUUGGAUGAAGGACAUAGAUGAACUCUGAUUAUUACAAUAACAUUAUCAUCCGCAGUUAAUGUUUACAAAACUGCUUUACCUUAAACUCUGUAGAUGUUUACAUCUUUUUUGUUUUAAGGUGUUGGUAAAUUAAUGUGCUGUUAGCUAUGUUUCCUAGGAACACAGCUAAGAGCGUUGUCGUCUUCUUUGGGAUUACACUCAGGGGUCUGAAGGCAGUUUUUUUACACACACUUGAAAAGGUUGGAGUAACCAGAUUUUCAUAGAACUUGGUGAUUAUCAACCUGUUGUAUAUUUUUAUUUAAUUUUACAUCUUACUAAGCACUGCCACAGGUUAUCAGCCAGGGUGGCCUUCUCUCACAGUCAUGCUGCUUUUUUCGAAGGUGAAUUUCAACAUACUUAGUGCCUCUUUCAUUUCUGUGUUUCACAAGAAAAGCAUUAGUUGGAGAUUAUACAAGGGAUUUUUCUGAGCUGUCACCAGAGCUAGGGACCAACUGGAGCCUCCAUAUAAUUAUGUUACUGAAGACCAAUCAGGUUGCCAGUUUGGCUGGUCUGCCUUGACUGGAUGCUGUGUAUGGUGCAAGGAAGAGCUUAGUCCUGAAUUUAGCACUGAUGUGGUACAUUUUGAUGGAAGUGAGCACCUUUGCGACUCCAGUU